AGUGUAAUAACAUUUAAAAUGAACAAAUAUCUUCAACGCUGCAAAGAGCUCCUUAAAAGUAGUAUCAAUAAAAUUGUUGUCAUCGGUAACGAAAGUUGCGACUUAGAUUCUGCCGUAAGCUCCAUCGCAUUUGCUUUUUUCCUGGAGCACAAACCGUCCCUGCUCAAAUCCUGGCAUGAUAAAGACACACUGGUGGUCCCUGUACUAAACGUGCUCCGCAACGAGCUGCCAUUGAAAACGGAGGUUGCGUUUUUCCUCAAACAGCAAGGCAUUUGUUUGGACGAUUUGGUAUGCAAGAACGAUGUUGACUGGGAUCAAGAGCAAAGCAUGAAAGUCGUUCUGGUGGAUCAUCAUGUAACGAAACUAAAGCAAAACAUAAUCGGUAUUGUCGAUCACCGCCCCCUGGACAGCAACGCUCGCUUCAAUGAAGAGGCAUUCCGAACGAUCGAGCUCGUGGGCUCAUGUGCCACAUUAGUCGGUCGAGAAAUCGUUAAUAGUGGCGCACUACAUGACUCCAAUGGAUUAUACAGUACUGCUUUGGAUCUUUUAUACGGAGCAAUCGUUUUGGAUACCGUAAAUUUUUCAAAGCAAGCAGAUAAGGCUAAGCCUCUCGAUCAUGAAAUUGCAGAAUACAUUGAGGCACGGAAAAGCAUCACCGAAGAAAGCCGGUCUGUGCAUCGAGAGUCGCUUUUCAAGGGUCUUGUUGCCGCACGAAGCGACGUUUCACAGUUGAAUGCAUACCAGUUGCUACUAAAAGAUCUGAAGACUGUUGGACAAAAUAACCGCAUCGUUACAGUGCCUGGAUUUCCAAUGGCCGUGCAGGAAUAUCUAAACUUGCCGCAGCGCGAAGAGCACCUUUCUGAAUUUGCUGGCGCGACGAAGAGCAACGUCGUUGUACUACUCGGCAUGAAAGUACUCCCAGAUGGGAGUGUUCGUCGAGAUAUUGGAGUUGUACCAAUUAAUGAUGAAACGUUAAGCGAAAAGAUUUGCACAGCGUUGCUGGAAAAUGAAGAGAUGGAUUUUGGUUUGGAAAAAAUUCCACCUACGACUCCGUGCGCAGGAACAUUUUACCAGCAACAUAAUUUGAAGGCUUCUCGGAAACAACUUAUGCCGAUUAUAAUCAAUGUACUUAGCUGUUUAGACUAAUCAUAAUAAAAUAAAAC